AUGGCCCUGCCUGUGGGUAGUCCUGGUUUAAUAUUAGCAGUGCCCAAGCAGGGUUUCAAAUUCCUCCAGCUGACUGCUUCUAGUCGCCGCGAGCGUAAAAGGAAGAGCCGGCGAGCGCGCAGUAAUGGAUAUGACAUGAACUUGCCACAACGGACGGGAGAGCACCACGAGCCACCUUCCAAUGAUUCAGGUGAGAGGAAUAGGUCAGAUGUCGGCGGGGACAGUGGUUUCUCCUCGACUAUCUCCGAAUCGACGGGAUUUGAUGAGCAGCCAUGCACAAUGAACCCAUAUUCAUCCGAGUCGGGGAGGAGCUUCAUGGCCCGUUCUCGAUAUUUUGAAGACACAGUCGUCAUCAACGAAGACCAAGCUAGGUCGCAUCCUAUUGGAGAUGCCGGCGGACCAACCGAGGAUGAUAUUCAGCUACUCAGGUUACAAGGUGCCUUUGAACUCCCCCCACGGUCAAUCAAAGACGGGUUGAUCAAUACAUUCAUGGAGAAAUGCUCGCCGUGGAUGCCAAUAAUAGAAAGAGGCUGGCUUGAAGGAAGCGGGGCCAAGAACCCACCCAUGUUGCUGCUUCAGUCAAUUUUCGUCGCUGCCAGCCGUGUGACUUCGGCACCAGCAGUCCUGGCAUAUGCAUCGCCUCAUCAAUUCUAUCGGCGAGCGAAGGCGUUGUUCUGGUCUGGAUAUGAGAAGAAUCCUGUCACUGUGGUUGCAGCCGUCUGUAUCUUGCACUGGUACAACCCAGAACACGUCUCCACCAACACCAGCGGGUUCUGGAGGUAUGUUGGCGUCCGCCUUGCUCACCAAAUUGGGCUGCACAAAGAGCCGACGACCAGAAGAGAUGCCCCUCUGAGGCGGAGGCUCUGGUGGACUCUAUUCGUACGUUUGAUCUGGGAGCCAUUAGGAAUUGAAUAUUGCAAUUAA